AUGGAUCCGGAAGCCGUCAAGGCGCUCCAGGCUCUGUAUGACAAAAAGGUCAAACGAUCAAGUACAAAACGAAAAAGAGGCCAAGACGAACGGGAAGACGAGCGCACAUCAGAGAGCGAGAUUGAACAAUCUGAUGCCGACAGCGCUAGCGAAGCUUCGGAAGGCUCUCACGAGUCCUUUGCAGGGUUUGACGAUGCUGUUGAAUCUGAUUCACCGACCGUGGAAGUAGUCUCUUUCGAUGAACGGAACCUCACAAGAAAUUCUGAUCCUUUUGAACGGCAAGGCUACAAAGCCUUCAUGUCCUCCAAGGUCUCGAAACAAAGUGGCACAAAAACAAUUGCCCCUCCUGGAAGGCGGAAACGCAAAGCAGAAGCAGGCGAAGAUGCGAGUGAUUCGGAAGACGACAUCAAAAAGGACAAAGCUUUGCAGAGGUUACUACGAGAUGCACAUUUGCUAGACGGCACUACAGAAGCGCUUGAGUUGCAAGGAGGCAAGGCGAGGCAGCAGUCAGUCGCCGAACAACUGAAGAGAUCAGGCGCAAAGCAAGUAGCACAACGCAAAAUGCCAGUGGGUAUGAGGCUUGGGAUGCGGGACGCUGCCAAGAAGAAGGCGACAGCGCAUGAAGAGUCUAUGAGAGAAAAUGGGAUCAUCACAGCCAAGAAGACCCAUGCCGACAAGCAAGCCAUGAUGCCGCGCAAGAAGCAAAAGAAGGAACGCAGUCUGGGAACCAUGGCUGGUGUUGGUCGCUACAAGAAUGGUACGCUGACAAUCAGCAAGCGCGAAAUCGACAGUGUCAAUGGAACAGGAGCCAAGCAAGGUGGCAAGAAGGGGAAAAAGAGGGGCUUCAGGACAUUCUCAAACAUCGGAUAG